GAAUACCGCCACAGAAAACCAGUUCCUUCAAAGGAGAUGGAAAGAAGCAACAGAACUGGUUCCAAAGGCAAUUUUCUCGUCAAAUGAGUCAGAAUUGUGAUUCCAGUGAUGAUGGCCAGUAUGCAACUGUUCUUGCGGCUGCUGCAUUUGCCAUCAACUCACUUGAAGAAGCCAAGCUAGCAGACGAGAAAAAGAUCAGAGAAGGGUUGGAAAAUUUUCCGACCAAGGCCAGAAGUAAAAAGGAAGAGGGUGUAACUGGGCAGCCAGACACUGGUAGAAUAUCCAGAAAAUCUACAUUCAAGGAAUGGAAGGCAGACAAAAAAUCUUCAGGUAUUGUAUUUUCCUGGAAGUGUUCUGCUGUGAAAAAAUCAGAAAAGGUGGAUCAGAGGAUACCAGAGCAUGUAGUCACCAGUGAAAAGAAACCAGAAAAAGCUCCCAGUAGAGUUCCAACUACUAAAAGGACACCAACAUUUGCUGAACAAUUGGAUACAAGACCAAGGCCAAUUCCUCCACCCACUGCGAAACCAACACUUCUAGCAGCUGGAGAUGACAAGAGGACGAAGAGCUCAACAAGAACAGGAGGUCCACAGUCCAAAGCAGAUACUUGGAUGGAAGUUGAGAUGGCCAAGAUUAAAAAACGGUAUGAGAAGAUGAAUUCCACAAUUCAAUCGUGGGAGGAUGAGAAGAAGAAGAAAGCUAGACGUCGAUUGGACAGGAAAGAGCGUGAAUUGGAACAGAGAAGGGCAAGAGUCUUGCAACAACACCGUACUGAGAUGAGAAGGAUUGAUCAGAUCGUUGGGGGAGCAAAAGCACAAGUUGAGGAAAAAAGAAGAAAUGAACAGCUUAAGGCAAAAGAGAAUGCAAAUAAAAUCAGAGCAACAGGAAAGGUCCCUGCCACAUGUUUUUGUUGCUGAAGCACUAGUAAUAAUGAAGUUGGGUUCAGAAAAAAAAAGAAAAAGAAAAAAGAUUACAGUUGUCUGUUAUGUACAAAUGUAAAUACUUACUGAAACUCGAAGCGUUGAUCAUGACAAGAUGGAAAAUAUUUUCUGUGCAUCCAAGGAAAACAUCAGGAAACAACUCAGCCUUCAGGAUUAGGAAGG